UCUAGCAACGACUUUUGUGUUGUCGCACCGGAACGAACCUGGCAAUACCACAUUAGCUCGUAUAGCUACACCAACGUUUUCUCCCUCGGAGCCACAAAAUACACUCAAUGGCUGGCUCGCUGGUCAACCUCCCACGAGGUCCGCACAAACACCAUGGCCCCGGGUUCUCCAAGCACGUACACGUUAAACGUGCAGUUGCGGAUGCACACCCUCGCACCUCACGCGCCUUGCACCAUCUCCUCCCUCUCAACACCCACAAGCCAAACCAAAACAAAAAAAACGCCAGCUUCAGUAUUCCAGACUACUAAACAUGUAACCGCCACUGCCAAACUUCUAGCUCGUUCCAAAACUCAGAUCAGUGUUCGUGCGACAUGUAAUUCUUCUCGAUUGGCUGUAUCUUCUGUGCGAC